AUGGCAUCACCAACAUUGAUACUCGAUAUGGGUGGUGGAUCACUGAAAAUUGGAUUUUCUACAGAUCCUCAUCCCAAAAUUAUCGAUAAUUCCAUUUUUAAGUCGAAAACGCUUGGUGGUCGUACAUUCGUUGGAAAUGAAAUAGAACAAUGCAAUAAUUUGUCGAGUUUAUUUUGUGUCAUGCCAUUCAAAAAAGGCUAUAUUAACAACUGGGAGGUUCAAUGUCAAAUUUUGGACACAACUCUUAAAAGCAUAGUUAAAACAAACUCUCAAAAUUCUUUAUCUGAUCAUAAUCUAAUUGUUACUGAGCCGUAUUUCAACUUUUCAUCAACUAAAGAAGCUAUGAAUGAAAUCUUUUUUGAAGAUUAUCAAGUGGCUGGUUUGAUCCGCACAAAUCCUGCAUUUUUAAGCGCUUACAAAUAUAGAAGUGAAUCAGCUCAACGUCUUUCAAGAUAUUGUAUAGUUAUUGACUCUGGAUACUCAUUUACGCACAUUGUGCCCAUGGCUGAUGGAUUUGUUAUGAAAGAUUUCGUCAUACGGCUAACAGUAGGUGGAAAAAUUCUUACAAAUCGCUUGAUUGAAGCUGUAUCCUAUAGACAUUUGGAUGUUCGAAGUGAGAUAUAUAUAAUGAAUCAGUGCAAAGAAGAUGUAUGUUAUGUAUCCACUGACUUUUGGCAAGAUAUGAAGAUUUCUCGAUCGAACCAAAAAUCAAAUAGCAUUUUAAGAGAAUACGUACUACCAAACUAUGUCGAUGUACACCGUGGAUAUGUUCGUGAUCCGAAUGCGGUGGCUUCUGAAAAUAGUGGUAACGAUAAAUCAGAACAACGAGCUUCCAAUCUGUCACAGCAAGGAUAUGUAUUGCGUUUGAAUAAUGAGCGUUUUACAGUUCCUGAACUGAUUUUCCAUCCAUCUGAUGUGGGCUAUCAAGAAAUGGGGCUUACAGAAGCUAUCCAUUACUUAAUGAGUGAACGAUUACCGGCUGCAGUAAGGCCAGGAGCUUGGGCAAAUUUUAUGGUUAUGGGUGGUAAUGCAUGUUUUCCAGGAUUUGCUGAACGAUUACAAAGAGAUAUUCGUACUCAAGCACCUGAUGAUCUUCCGGUAAAUGUCUUUAAACCCCCUAAUCCUCAAACCUACGCUUGGGAAGGUGGUGUUUUGUUUUGUCAAAAUUCAGAUUCAUUCAAUCAUUUCUUAGUCACGCGCAAAGAAUAUGAAGAGCAAGGAUCUAGUUGUUGUGAAAAACGAUUCCCUAUCUCUUGA